AUGACUAUUAGGCUAGAGAGAGAUGUUGAGCAAGGUGAGAUUAAUGGCCUUGAAGACUUGGAAAAGCCACUGAUCUUGGAGGAGAAAAUUGUUGUGAUUAGUGAUAAUGAUGAAACUGAUCAAGAUCAAGAGAAGACUGCAGGAUCCAUUGGGAUGGUUCUGCUAUGUACAUUUGUUGCUGUCUGCGGUUCUUUUGAAUUUGGCUCUUGUGUGGGCUAUUCAGCUCCCACUCAAUCUGCGAUCAGGGAAGAUCUUAAUCUGUCAAUAGCUGAGUACUCUAUGUUCGGCUCUAUAUUAACAAUUGGUGCAAUGUUUGGUGCAAUUACAAGUGGCCGGAUUGCAGACUUUGUUGGUCGAAAAGGGGCAAUGAGAAUGUCAGCUUGCUUCUGCAUAACAGGAUGGCUAGCAGUCUUCUUCUCUAGAGGACCUUUGUUGCUUGAUGUGGGGAGGAUUCUAACAGGAUAUGGCACUGGAGUCUUCUCUUAUGUGAUUCCAAUAUUCAUAGCAGAAAUAGCACCGAAGAAUCUCCGAGGAGGGCUUACCACGUUAAAUCAGCUCUUGAUCGUUACUGGCUCGUCCACUGCAUUCUUAAUUGGAUCAGUCAUAACAUGGAGAGGACUAGCUCUAACUGGUCUCGUUCCCUGCAUUUUCCUGCUCGUUGGUCUAUGUUUCGUUCCGGAGUCUCCCAGAUGGCUGGCAAAAGUUGGUCUCGAGAAAGAGUUCCAAGUUGCACUGCAGAAACUACGUGGCAAAGAUGCUGACGUUACUCGUGAGGCUGCUGAAAUUCAAGUUUACCUUGAAACUCUUCAAGCCCUUCCUAAAGCAAAACUUUUCGAUUUGUUCGAAAGCAAAUACAUUCGUUCUGUUAUUAUCGGAGUGGCAUUAAUGGUUUUCCAACAAUUUGGAGGAAUUAAUGGCAUUGGAUUUUAUGCAAGUGAAACUUUUGCUUCAGCUGGACUUUCUUCAGCAAAAAUUGGAACCAUAGCUUAUGCUUGCAUUCAGGUCCCAAUAACUUUGCUAGGAUCAAUUUUAAUGGACAAAUCAGGAAGACGAUCACUUAUAAUGAUCUCCGCAACUGGGACAUUUCUAGGCUCUUCCUUAGCAGGAGCUUCUUUCUUUCUCAAGGGGCACGGCUUGUUGCUUGAGUGGGUGCCAAUAUUAACAGUCUCAGGAGUGCUAAUUUAUGUAUCGGCAUACUCAAUCGGAAUGGGAGCAGUUCCCUGGGUGAUCAUGUCUGAGAUUUUCCCUAUUAACAUAAAGGGAAUUGCUGGGAGCUUGGUGGUGCUAGUGAACUGGUUGGGUGCUUGGACAGUUUCUUUUACGUUCAACUUUCUUAUGGACUGGAGUUCCUCAGGUACAUUCUUUGUGUACUCGGGAUUCUCAGUGCUGACAGUUCUCUAUGUAGCCAAGUUUGUACCAGAAACCAAAGGAAAAACACUGGAAGAAAUUCAGAAAAUUAUCAAUUCAUAG